UCAGCUCUGCCUGAGCUCAUUCUCAAGUCCUACAUCAUAGGUUGAUAUCCUCAGCUACACCACAAUGAAAAGGGUUCAAAAUCUAUAAACAUUAGGAAAAGUUUGGACCCAGGGGAGGAAAUGAUACAAGAAAAGCCCAGCACAAACAAUGUGUGCACAGAACUUUGUGACCCUCAUCAAAAAUCGUGGCCUGAAGUCAGUGUUUGCAGCUGGAGUCGUGCUGCUGGCAAUCUCCUCAAGCAACGCAGCUUAAGUCCCGAUGGAUCUCUUGCCCCUUUGCGCAGACGACCAAACACCGUCACCAACACCUCUUACAGCAUGUCAAGCAGUGGAUUUAAACUCUUUCCCUCUUCUGCACACUCCCACAGAAAGCCAAAUGUCUGCAUACGAGACUGUGUCAGAUCUUUCAGACCUCAAUGAGAAAUCGAUCGAGACUUUGACUUUGUCAAAUAUUUCCAAAAACCUUCUUCAGGGGAAAAGCAAGGACUCAGACUUCAGAUCAGAUUUAGAGUGUUUUUCACCAUGUACAGAGCCUGUAUCAAAGGAUGAUGAUUUUAGGGUUGGUAGCCCUUUUGGCCCAUCAAAACCUCAGUUACCUCUUUUAUCUCAAAUCUCUCAUGACCCUAUUUCCCCCCUAUCUGAAUCUUUUCCAGACAUUAGACAAGAACCAUCACUCGCUUUUUCCGAAAACAGUCCAGCUCAAACUUUCGAGGCCAUGUCAUGUACUUCUGGGGGCUUGAUGAAGCCAUCUCUCACCGAGUCUCCCUCCACCCCUAGUUCUAGUCCUCAACUCGGGCAAGUCACUUGUCAAUCAAGGUCUUUAUCACAUAGGUCAGAUAGUUUGGAGAGUGAUGCAUCCAUGGCACAAGUGUCAGAGCUUUAUAUAUUUGAAAGUGAGACACAGGACUUUAUCCUAAGUCCUAAUGUAGAGCCCCAGGAGAUUAAAUGUCCAGAACACCAGCAAUUAUCAGAAACAGGGGGGAUGUCGGCAGACCCUGACUGUGAUACACAUGUCCUGAUGAAUGAUUCAGUAAACCUGGUUAAACCACGUCAUCACGGCUCAAGUGAGGAGAAAGUUAUGGUGGACUAUGAGUCACACAUGAGCGAUAAUGCAAGGCUUGGAUCACCUGUGGAUCCCUGUGAGGCAGGCUGGAUGUCAGGAAAUGAUGCAGGACAGGGGACAGCAGAGGUCACUGAUACAACCCUCCAAAAAUGUGAAAGUGACAGCCCUAUCGAGCUGUGGCUGGAUGCAUGCCAGUAUCUGACACAUGAGGAUAAAGAAGACAGGGAUGUUUUGAACAAGACAAGUUAUUCUGUGAUGCAAGGAGUGCUCACAGAUACCAGUGACUGGUCUUUUCCCCCAGGAGAGAGACAAGUAUCAGGUUACUACCCUGAUGGAAGCGAGGUGAUUGGCUGGUCCAGCGAUGACACCAAAGGUUGGGGGCCACCGGUUGAGAGGUGGUCAUCAGUAGACAGCUGGGCAAGUGCUCUCUCAGACUGGACGGAGAUCAUCUCGGCUCCACCGGAGGACUUUACCGCUGCAUUCACAGAGAUAGGGGCUGAGAUAGAUGCUUUGACACAGGCACUAGCAGAGGUAAAUACCCACAUAGAUAGAGACACUUCAAAAGGAGAAAAGGGUCAAGCGGCAGCAGUGCAGGCACAUUCGCAACAACCCAUGGGUGUCCAGGAUCAGCCUCAUGAGGCACCAAACACCCCAGGGGGAUCCAUCCUCUCCGGGCAGGGCUGCCUCUUUUUGAGUCCUGAAUCUGGUGGAAGUGAGCUCCACGACAGAGAGGCGUUCCAGAGUGUCGAAUCCUUAUGUGAUUCAACACAAGCCGCACCAGGACAAAAAGUGUCAGAAGAGAUCCAGGGCAGCCAGGCUGAGAGCUCUCAAUACCCGUCACAUCAGGAAUCACUUACGGGAUCAUCUGCAGCUACAGUGGCCUCUUCUGGAGGAUUUGACAAAGGUGUAACUCCUGGAUCCACUACUUCUGCUUAUCUUGAUAUUUGUCACUUUGGUGGAUAUGUGGAGUCUGCGGAGACAGACAGCCUCAUCAGCAAUGAAGAAGAUUCAAUCAUACUUAAUAUAACAGAGGAUACAGAUUUGGAGGAUCAAAAUGCACCUGCAGAGCUGAUAAUGGAUGAGCCCUUUGGAGGUGAACUGUGUAACGUGACAGAAGAACCCAGCGUCUCCCAGCCAGACUCCAUCGACAGGCAGGAAGCUAAAAGGAGCUGUGGGCCAGCUGAGGUUGAUCGCAAAGGAAUCGAAUGUUCAACAGAUCUUCAUUUCCUUUCCGUACACACAUCGACAAACUUGCACGUGCCAGGUGGGGACAUAAAACCUGACCUGGAUAUUAAUGUUCCUGAACACGUGACAUCAGGCACACUCCCAGUCUUUGACGGGGCUUUUCAGUCGGAGCCACAGGGGGGGAGUCCUAGGUUUAUUAUGCCCUUGGCUCCUCUCAGUAUUGGCUCCUCCUUCGUCUGUCGAACAAGCAGUAGUUUGGACAAAGAUCAAACUUGCGCCAAAAGGAAUCUCAAUGACAACAGAGACCUCAGUUGUGAUCACAUACAACCUUGCACACUCUGGCCAACCUUGGAUGGGAUUACUGACAAACACUCUUUCAAAGGUGAUGAGGAUUUGGUUAUUAAAAAGGAAAAUACAGUAGAGUCUUCUGAGAAAUCUUCAAAAGAGAACCAACUGGACUCUAACACUGAGUGUUCCUUUACUCUGAGAAAAACAAUACAUGAGGAUAUUAAUGACCUCAGUAGAGAGCUAUCAAACUUGGCUGUUGUUCCAGCAGAUAACUUUUUUAUCUCAGAGAAGAAUCGUGUUGCAUAUGUUACUUUAGAUUUAAACGACCCGUUUGCUCCCAGGUUUGCAAAACCCAUAGACACAGACAUAACAUCCAAAAAGGCAGAGGUAAAUCAGAAGUCAGCCGAAAAGAUGCCUCACAAAACCCAUAAAUCAAGCUCAGAGGGCAAAACACGCUCUAAAAAAGACAAGUCAGCUAGUCAUCAUCAUGGUGUACAAGCUACCAAGAAACAAGAGAAUCUAUCUAACCAUGUUUCAACCCAGCAAGUUUGCAAACAGCAGGACACCCACCCCCUUACUGUAGAAAACCAUACUAGUGAGAACACUCCAGCUGUGCUUGAGGACAAAGAGGUUAAAUUGGUGAUUGAGACUUGUGUUGCAAAUGAGAAGGCUCCAAGCAAGCCACAUGGCAAAAAGAAGAAGAAACAUGUUCCGAAUGCAACAGGAGCGAAAUGUGUUGCGGAACAACUGGUGGAAGUUGAGAAUGGAGCAAAACCAAAGACUGCGAAAGGAAGGAUUGAGAUGUUUGAGGCCAAGCUAGAUGCUAAAUCUGGGAAAACUCAAAAAGACAGCAUUAAGUCAAAUAGUGCUGAGAAACUCUUACAGCAAACGGAGGGCAAAGCUUCCCAGAGAGAACAAAAGCCCCAUCAUGUUGACCACAAAGAGCAUCAGACGAAAAGCUCUCCCAGUCCUCCGAACGAUGAUAUUAAAAAACGACGACUGUCAGAGGAUAAGUUUGGAAAGAUUGUCGGUGUUUUUGAGUCUAAACUAUCAAAGGCAGAUGUUUCCAUCCAGGCCAAGGGAGAGAAAGCCAAGGUUGAUGCGGGGGCAACUCGUAAGAAGGCCUACAGUGAAGUGGUCAAACAGAAAAGCACACCUACGGAAGAAAUCAAGGUAGUGAAGCCCAUCCAGGUGGUGUCGGUGAGCGGGGACCCCCAGAGUCUGUGCCUGUGGUGUCAGUUUACGGCUGUGUUCUCCAACCACACUGUCACCUGGAGCAGGGAUGGCACUGUUCUGGCUGAGAUCAAGAGAAGUGCAGGGGAUGAGAGCAGAGCGUCAUUGACCAUCUCAAAUGCAUCCCAUAAAGACUUGGGCAAGUACCAGUGUCUGCUUACCAGUCUAUAUGGAUCAGUCACGCUGGACUAUCUGCUUACAUAUGAAGUGCUUAGUGAGAUUGUCAUCCCUCCAACUCCAAAGACUAUCACAUGUGCCCCCGUAGAGGUGGAAGGUGAAGAAGAGGACGUCCGCUGUUCCAGGCUGCUGUUUAAAGAGGAUUUCUUAUCUGGACAAUACUUUGGAGAGAAUCAACCUGCCAGUAUAAUUACUGAAAAGAUCCACUUUGGGGAGGGGAUGCACCGGCGAGCCUUCCGGACUAAGAUGCAUGCGGGUCAGAUACCCUUGUUACUACCCGGAGACUCGUGUGUGCUCAAAGUGCACACUUCUAUAAGCUAUGGGACCAAGAACGAUGACGAGCUCGUUCAGAAGAACUUCAGCUUGGCUAUAGAGGAGUGCCAGGUCCAGAACACAGCAAGAGAGUACAUCAAGGCGUACACUACUGCAGCCCAGUCUUUGGAAGCCUUUGGAGAGAUCCCAGAGAUCAUUCCAAUCUACCUGGUUCACCGUCCAUCCAAUGACGUCCCGUACGCCACACUGGAGGAGGAGCUGAUUGGUGACUUUGUCAAGUAUUCAGUAAAAGAUGGCAAAGAGAUCAACCUGAUGAGACGGGACUCAGAGGCCGGACAGAAAUGUUGUGCUUUCCAGCACUGGGUCUACCAAAACACUGAGGGAAACCUUCUGGUUACUGACAUGCAAGGAGUGGGAAUGAGGCUUACUGAUGUGGGAAUAGCCACGUGUAAAAAAGGAUACAAGGGCUUCAAGGGAAACUGUGCCACCACCUUCAUUGACCAGUUCAAAGCCUUGCACCAGUGCAACAGGUUCUGUGAGAUUCUGGGCCUUAAAUCCCUGCAGCCCAAACCUAAAAAGCCUGCAGCUGCUCCGAAACCCAAACCCCAACCUGCUGCUUCUGCACCCAAGAAGAAAACUUUUGGGCCAACAGUGAAGGGCAAGUCAUAGAAGCAGGUGAACAUUGGACUAUGGGGUUUAAUUUUUAUU